AUGGCGGCCACACGAGUGAUUACUGCAGCGGCGACCGCAACCCAAACCACCUCCUGUUUCCUCGCCAAGCGAGCUUUCCUUCUUCCGGCGAACAAGUCCUGCGCCGGAUUCGGAGGUCUCUGCUUCACCAGAAGAUCCUUGGUGUUGAAAUCCAAAAGACCCUUCUCCUGCACUGCGAUUUACAAUCCUAAGGUUCAAAUUAAAGAAGAAGGUCCACCCGAAUCCCUUGACUAUCGUGUUUUCUUCCUCGAUGGCUCAGGAAAGAAGGUUUCUCCAUGGCAUGAUAUACCAUUGACUUUAGGAGAUGGAGUUUUCAACUUCAUAGUGGAAAUACCAAAAGAGUCAAAAGCAAAAAUGGAGGUUGCUACUGAGGAAGACUUCACUCCUAUCAAGCAAGACACAAAGAAGGGAAAGCUCAGAUAUUAUCCGUACAACAUAAACUGGAACUAUGGGUUGCUUCCACAGACAUGGGAAGAUCCAACUCAGGCAAACGCUGAUGUUGAAGGAGCUUUUGGGGAUAAUGAUCCAGUUGAUGUUGUGGAGAUUGGUGACGCCCAAAGGAAGAUAGGAGAGGUUCUAAAAAUCAAGCCUUUAGCUGCUUUAGCUAUGAUUGAUGAAGGAGAGUUAGACUGGAAGAUUGUUGCCAUUUCUUUGGAUGACCCAAAAGCUCAUCUUGUCAAUGAUGUUGAUGAUGUUGAGAAACAUUUCCCGGGUACACUAACAGCGAUUAGAGACUGGUUUAGAGACUACAAGAUCCCAGAUGGAAAGCCUGCUAACAGAUUCGGCCUUGGAGACAAACCAGCAAACAAAGAGUAUGCUUUGAAGAUCAUCCAUGAGACAAAUGAGUCAUGGGCUAAACUUGUGAAGAGAUCAGUUGAUGCUGGAGACCUUUCACUUUUCUGA